ACACACUUCACUAGUGUGUUGCGCCAUUCAUUUUACGUUGCGCUUUCUUGCUGUUAAUCAUUUUUUUGCGGAUAGUUUUCUUCACUUCCUCGUUGCUGCAGUUAUAUUUACUUAACUGAGAAUUUUUUUCCAUGCGUCUUUUUUUCCAUAAGGAAUUGAGAAGGUCGGUAGGAGGAGCCCAACGAAGUGUGCUUCACUCUCUUUCUCUUCCACACACUCAUGCUCUCUCUCUCUCUCUCCCAUUCUGACAUUGCUAUCCCAGCAGAAGGGAGCAAGACUUCAUGCUGUGGGGCGACAUAAUUUGAAUUCUGUUUGAAUGACAUUUGAACGGAUUAUUCUUUUUCUUCUACAAAACCUACAGGAUCAACGAGAGUGAGAAAAGUAAGGGGACAUAUUACACAGACUUUUUUCUCUCUUUGAUUUAUCUUUAAUUAAACUGAAGCACGUGUUUUGCCGGAGGAUAUUUUUUCCCCUCACAGUAAGACGUGUGGUCUGUUGAGUCUUAUUUUUGUUCCUCUUUAAGAUAGUGUAGAUAGAUAGCAAAAUGGUUGCAGGAAUGCUUAUGCCCCUGCGGGACCUGAGGGCAAUCUACGAGGUUCUCUUUCGAGAUGGUGUCAUGGUGGCCAAAAAGGACAAGCGACCUCAGACCAAACAUCCUGAGGUACAAGGAGUGUCCAACCUACAAGUAAUCCGUGUUAUGGGAUCACUUAAAUCCAGAGGCUUGGUAAAGGAAACCUUUGCUUGGAGGCAUUUCUACUGGUACCUUACCAAUGAGGGUAUUGUUUACCUGCGUGACUACCUCCGCCUGCCACUUGAAAUUGUUCCUGCCUCCUUGCAGAGGUUUAAGAAAUCAGCAGCCACGGCCAUGGCUCAACGAGCUGGAAGGGUCCAAUCAGUUGAAGGUCCUACAUCUUACGUACCCAAACCAGGCCUUAGGGGUGAAGCUGAAAGCCAAGAAGCAGUGGCAGAGCGCCAAAGCUACCGCCAUCGCAUGAUGGGUCCCAGAGAAAAAGAGAGCUACUCUGACAAGACCCCCAGAUUCAGGGGCCGUCCACUGUCUGCAGAACCUAUGAGGCCGAAACAAAUGGAUGACCAAUCUGGUUCGUUGUUUACAAAGGGGAACACAUUUCUGGGUGAAUCCAUGUCAAUGGGCCGCUCAUAUCAGCAGCCUGAUGUGAGCAAUGAGAAGGCAACAUCUCAGGAGACAGACACAUUUGAAGUUCAAAAGGAGAAAUUGAGUUUGUUCCCUUCUUCAAAAACACCUUGGAAAAGCGAUGUGUCAAAACCUUCUCUGACUGCAGGACCCUCCAAAACAGCCCCAGUGCUUACUGUGGCUCCUACUGCUGAGGCUACAGAUGCUACACCUCCAGGAGGUAGACGUGGGCCCUCUAGUCCUAAGGCAAACACAGACAAGCUGAAAAUUGCGGAUGCAAGUGCUGGUAAAAUUAUGACCAGCAGUUCAACUAGUUCAGCACCUCCUGAAACAGAGAUCAAAAAGGUGGUCAACAAGGAGCCUGUUGCACAUGUUAAAUCUUAUGUAACGCCCACUGCUGUACCAGCGAAUGAUAAGGUAAAUGCUUUGACCUUGCAGGCUUCUGCCCAGGGACCUAGCACCCUUGUGACAAAAACUGUCACAUCCACAGAUGUCAUAACCAAUGCCACCAAUAAUGAUGCCGAAGAAAAAAUGAAGAUGAAUAUUGAACCGGAAAUUGCCACAACUGAAAUGGUAGCUGAUAAAAUAAAGAAGAGUAAAAUGGUUAAAUCAUCUUCCCAGGAAACAUCCAAAAUCCUAACCAGUACUGAUAUUCCUGUUGUGAAAUCUGCCAAUAAAGAUGCAGUGGGAGAACAUCUUAAAGAAGAAAUGAUCAAACCAGAAUCAGCUAAAUCUACUGGUUCAAAGAACCAAGUUGAAUCUAAAAUGCUUAAUGAAAUGGCCAAAACAUUUUCAAACAAAUCAAAUGUCGCCAUAAUUCAGGCGACAACCAAAUCCCAACCACUGAUGUCUGUGGAUGCAGAAGAACUGACAACUAAAGAAAUCCACAAUCCCAUUGUCUCUGUGACAACAGUGACUGUCCCACCAAAGGCUCAAAAUGAAGAAAUUUGUGAAAAUACAUCAGUGCAGUCCUCACUAACUAAAGUUAGUACAACCAGUGUCACAAGAAUGAUGGUUAGUACUGAAAAGGUAAAACCAGACAAAGACAAAACAAAGCAGAAGAAAACUGAGGGAAAUGCAAGUGAAGGCAUCAAGAAAGAAGAGGCAUUUGGGCCUGAAGAAACAUGUAAAACUCCAGCACAACUCUCCGUCUCUUUGGAAAAAGGCGCUUUCCCUGAGCUCACUCAAACUAUUUUGCCCACUGAACUGGCUAUUGAAGACAAACAAGUGAUUGUGGGAAGCUCUAAAUCCAAGCGAAAGAAGAAGAAGUCUCAAGUAGAGAAAGUCAAGACGAGUGAGGACACACCUGACACAAAGGUAGAAGAUAAAAAUGUGAAGGACAAGGCCCAUGACAAAGACCAAAGCCCAAGCACACUGCCCGAGGGACCAUCUUCUUCACUGACAAAUAAGGCUGAACCAAAAUUAAAUAAUACAAGGGAGCAAGUAAUUGAUGUAUCUAAACAAAUGGCAGUGACACCAGUGGCUGAAACCUCCAAACAAACAAAGGCUAUUUCUGAAAAAUCACCUUUGCCAUUUGGCCAAAACGCUUCAGUGCCCCCAGUGGUUCAUCCAGAAGUUGCACAAUCUAAAUGUGUUCUGCCAGACAUAGACUCAGAGAUAUGUGGUGAAAUUUCUGCUGCUAAAUUGAAAGCAGUGACCCCGCCAUUACAAGAACCUGUCAAGUCUGACAAGAAACAUGUUAAAUCGUUGAAAAGUUUGAAUGGCAAACAAAAGGUUGAGACUUCAGUGGCUUCAACCAAAAAGGUGCAAGCAGAAACAUUGCUACCCACUAAAAUGACACCUUUGCCCGGGGACACAGACUGCCCAGCUGUGACCUCUGAACUGAAAAAAAUGAAUGUUUCUCCCAAAACGACUCCUGAGAGAAUGUACCGUGAGGAAACCAGUCAGGCAGCAGUUGUGCUCUCUCAGGCCCCAGCAGACAAAGAGGAGGUGGAGCCAGAACUGCUCUUUGCAGAAAAAAUCAAGCAGGAGGUUCCGAAAGCAAAAACAUCCUCCGCUGUUAGGGAAGCACCCAAAGCCAGAGCAUUAGCGUCAGCAGAGCCAGUGGUAACAGCAGAGGCAGCUGUAGCUCAGGCACGGGCCAACCCCCUUGUCAAGCAAGAGGAGCCGCCCAGUGUUGCACAACAUUCAGCCACUCCGGCAGCAGAGCGCGGCACAGCAAAUAGGCUCUCUGUGUCACAGGCCUUAAAGCAGGAGGAAGAGAAGAAGAGGGACUUGGAGGAGGACACACCCUCUGCCACUACAGCACCCGUAAGUGCCCAGCCUCACGUGGCGGACAUCGUUUCGUCUGAAAGCCCAGAAACAGACGAGGCCAACAUGAAGAGGAAAAUUGUAGUGGUUGAAGAGAUAGUGGAGGUGAAGCAACUUGUUAGUCCUGAGGUUGCUGGGGCACAAGCAAGUCCACAACCUGUGCAACCUGAGGGAGAAGAAGAAGAGGAGUUGGACUUGGAUGUUUUGGAGGAGAUUGCCAUUGAGAGGGCGCUUUUGUCAGGGGCACCGGGUGUCAGGGUGCAUGGAGCGUCAGCUGAGGCAGACUGGGACCACUCACUGGAGGAGCCGGAGGACAAGACAUGGCCAAACUUUAUAGAAGAUGAGCGAGAUCGAGUACAGAAAAAGACCUUCACAAAAUGGGUGAACAAGCACUUGAUUAAGCCCUGGAGAGCAGAGGCCCAGCGUCAUGUGUCAGAUCUGUACGAGGACCUUCGAGAUGGACAUAACCUGAUCUCAUUGCUUGAGGUCCUCUCUGGAGAAAAACUGCCCAGAGAGAAAGGCCGCAUGAGAUUCCACAAACUGCAGAAUGUACAAAUAGCACUGGACUUCCUCAAACACCGUCAGGUCAAGCUUGUUAACAUCAGAAACGAUGACAUUGCUGACGGGAACCCCAAGCUGACCCUUGGGUUAAUAUGGACCAUCAUCUUACACUUCCAGGUCUCCUCCGCUAUCUCGGAUAUUCAGGUCAACGGCCAGUCUGAAGAUAUGACGGCCAAGGAAAAGCUCCUUCUCUGGUCUCAGAGGAUGACUGAUGGCUACCAAGGCCUCCGAUGUGACAACUUCAGCACCAGCUGGAGAGAUGGGAAACUUUUCAACGCUGUCAUACAUAAACACUAUCCCAGGCUUAUUGACAUGGGCAAAGUAUAUCACCAGACCAACCUGCAGAACCUAGAACAGGCCUUCCACGUUGCUGAGAAAGACCUGGGUGUGACACGUCUUCUGGAUCCUGAAGAUGUUGAUGUUGCCCACCCUGAUGAGAAAUCCAUCAUCACUUAUGUGUCUUCGUUGUAUGAUGUCAUGCCUCGGGCCGCUGUACAGGACACGAUGAGAGCUAAUGAGUUGGAGGUUCGCUGGCGAGAGUACUAUGAGCUCGUAACUCUUCUGCUCCAGUGGAUCCACCACCAUGUCAUGGUCUUUGAGGAGAGGAGGUUCCCAGCCAAUUAUGAGGAGAUAGAGCUCCUUUGGCGCCAGUUCAUUAAGUUCAAGGAGUCAGAACUGCCACCAAAAGAAUCUGAUAAGAACCGCUCCAAGCACAUCUACCAAACUUUUGAGAGUGCAGUCAAUGCUGGACAAGUGAAGGUCCCCCCUGGCUACCAUCCGAUUGAUGUGGAGAAAGAAUGGGGUCGACUUCACGUUUCUAUUUUGGAGAGAGAACGACUGCUGAGGACAGAGUUUGAGAGACUUGAGAGGCUUCAGAGGAUUAUAAGCAAAGUCCAGAUGGAGACUGGAAGAUAUGAUGAGCACCUAAUCCACCUUGAGACCUUGCUCCAGACGGAUAUCCGCCUCCUUAAUGCGGGGAAACCAGCUCAGCACACAGCAGAAGUUGAGCGUGAACUAGACAGGGCCGACAACGUUGUUCGUCUGCUCUUCAAUGAUGUACAGACACUCAAGGAUGGGCGCCACCCUCAGUCUGAACAGAUGUACCGCAGAGUCUACAGCCUUCACGAGCGCCUAGUCAACUUGCGCAGCGAUUACAACCUUCGCCUGAGGACUUCCCAGAUUGCCAUGACGCAAACAUCCCAGAAGACUACCAUGUCGAAAGUACGGCCAGAAUUGGAUGACGUGACAUUGCGCUAUGUCCAAGAUCUUCUUGCCUGGGUGGAGGAGAAUCAACUGCGCAUCGACGGAGCUGAGUGGGGUUCAGAUCUGCCUUCUGUAGAGUCACAGCUUGGCAGCCACAGAGGCCUGCACCAGACAGUGGAAGACUUCAGAUCAAAGAUCGAACGUGCAAAGGCUGAUGAGAACCAGCUAUCCCCUGCCAGCAAAGGCACAUACAGAGAGUACCUGGGUAAACUGGAUCUUCAUUAUGGCAAACUCCUGACCUCCUCAAAGUCCCGCUUGAGGAACUUGGAUUCACUGCAUGCAUUUGUCAGUGCAGCGACCAAGGAGCUUAUGUGGCUAAAUGACAAAGAGGAGGAGGAGGUUCACUUUGAUUGGAGUGACCAAAACACCAACAUGGCAGCAAAGAAAGACAACUACUCGGCUCUUAUGCGAGAGUUGGAGCACAGGGAGAAAAAAGUGAAUGAUAUCCAGACCACAGGAGAUAAGUUUAUCAAAGAUGGCCAUCCUGGCAAGAAGACAGUGGAGGCCUUCACAGGUGCCCUGCAGACUCAGUGGAGCUGGAUACUGCAACUGUGUUGCUGCAUUGAGGCUCAUCUUAAAGAAAACACGGCUUACUACCAGUUCUUUGCUGAUGUAAAAGAGGCUCAGAACAAGAUGAAAAAGAUGCAGGAGACCAUGAAUAAGAAAUACACUUGUGAUCGUUCUACCACAGCCACACGCCUGGAGGAUCUGCUGCAGGAUACUGCGGAAGAGCGAGAACAGUUGAAUGAAUUCAAGACACAUGUGAAUGGCCUGAACAAAAGGGCUCGUUCCAUCAUCCAGCUGAAACCACGUAACCCCACCGUGUCCAUCAAAGGCAAACAGCCCAUUCAAGCUGUCUGUGACUUCAAACAACAAGAGAUUACGGUUCAUAAAGGGGAUGAGUGUGCACUCCUCAACAACUCCCAGCCUUUCAAAUGGAAGGUUCUGAGUCGCUCUGGACAUGAGGCAACUGUGCCAUCUGUUUGCUUCCUGGUUCCUCCAGUAAACAAGGAUGCCAUGGACAGUGUGUCCAGUCUGGAAACAGGGCAUCAGCAGAUGAUGUCCAUGUGGCAGACAUUUUAUAUCAACAUGAAGAGCUUGCUAUCCUGGCAGUACCUGAUGAGGGACUUUACACAGAUUCGCUCGUGGAACAUCACCAUGUUAAAGUCAAUGAAACCAGAUGAAUAUAGACAAAUGAUGAGGAACCUGGAGAUCCACUACCAGGACUUCAUGCGUGACAGCCAGGACUCUCAGCUUUUUGGACCUGAUGACCGCCUACACGUAGAGGGAGACUACACCAAGUCCACCCAACACUUUGACAGCUUGCUUCGCUCUAUGGAGAAAGGGCGAAUGGUUGUUAGGCUCGGAGGUCAACAAAAUGAGUCUCUGUGUAAGAACUACAUCACAGAGCUCAAGGACCUGCGACUGCAAAUCGAGGGCUGUGAAGCUCAGACUGUCGCUCGUAUACGCAAACCAAUGGAAAAAGACCCUCUGAAAGAAUGCGUUCAAAAGACCGUAAACCAGCAGAAAGUGCAGACAGAGCUUGAGGGUCUCAAAAAGGACCUUGAUAAACUGACAGUGAGGGCACAAGAAAUCUUGAAGUCCCCACAGGAAUCUACUUCUACUCCUGUGCUGCGUUCUGAGCUAGACCUCACCGUUCAGAAGAUGGAUCACUCCAACAUGCUCUCCUCCAUUUAUCUUGAGAAGCUCAAGACUGUGGAAAUGGUCAUUCGUAACAGUCAGGGUGCUGAGGGUGUACUCAAGCAGUAUGAGGACUACCUGGGUGAAGCACACACUGUGCCCAAUGACAUCCAGGCCGUUGAGACGUGCCGUACAAAGCUUAAGAAAAUCCGAAAUGAGGCUGAGGCUGAACAGCCAGUUUUUGAUUCUCUCGAAGAAGAACUAAAGAAAGCCUCUACUGUGAGCGACAAGAUGAGUCGUGUGCACAGUGAGCGCGAUACUGAGUUGGACCACUACAAGCAGCUUCAGUCUAGCGUUCAGGACCGGUGGAAGGCCGUGUUCACGCAGAUUGACCUUCGUCAGAGAGAGCUUGAGCAGCUCGGCCGGCAGCUUGGCUAUUACCGUGACAGUUAUGAUUGGCUUAUCACUUGGAUAGCAGAGGCCAAGCAAAGGCAAGAAAGGAUCCAGACUGUGCCUAUCACUGACAGCAAAACACUGAAAGAGCAACUGGCCCUGGAAAAGAAAUUACUGGAGGAGAUUGAGAAGAACAAAGGCAAAGUUGAUGAAUGUCAGAAAUAUGCUAAAGGGUACAUUGACACAAUCAAGGACUAUGAACUCCAGUUGGUUGCCUAUAAAGCUCAAGUGGAGCCUCAUACUUCUCCUUUAAAGAAAACAAAACUGGAUUCUACAUCUGAUAACAUCAUUCAGGAGUAUGUAACACUGAGGACCCGAUACAGUGAACUGAUGACUCUGACCAGUCAGUACAUCAAGUUCAUCACUGAUGCACAGCAACGCCUGGAGAAUGAGGAGAAAGCUGCAAAGAAACUCAAAGCAGAAGAACAGAAAAAAAUGGCAGAGAUGCAGGCUGAGUUAGACAAACAAAAGCAAUUAGCAGAAGCACAUGCAAAGGCCAUUGAAAAGGCUGAAAAAGAGGCGCAAGAGUUGAAACUCAAAAUGCAGGAAGAAGUUAAUAAGAGAGAAGUUGCUGCUGUAGAUGCAGAAAAGCAAAAGCACAAUGUCCAAAUGGAACUUCAUGAGCUCAAAAACCUUUCAGAGCAACAAAUUAAAGACAAAACUCAGCAAGUGGAUGAUGCACUACAGAGCAGAACAAAGAUUGAAGAGGAAAUCCGUCUUAUAAGAAUCCAACUUGAGACAACUGUAAAACAAAAGUCUACAGCUGAAUCUGAGCUCCAGCAGCUUCGUGACAGAGCAGCUGAUGCUGAGAAACUGAGGAAGGCUGCCCAAGAAGAAGCAGAAAAGCUACGCAAACAGGUUAAUGAAGAGACCCAGAAAAAGCGUAUGGCAGAGGAGGAACUGAAAUUAAAAUUUGAGGCAGAAAAGGAGGCAGCAAGGCAAAAACAAAAAGCACUGGAUGACCUUGAAAUGCUCAAAUUGCAGGCAGAGGAGGCAGAAAGGCAAGUGAAGCAAGCAGAAAUCGAAAAGGAAAGACAAAUCCAGGUUGCUCAUCAGGCGGCGCAGAAAAGUGCUGCCAUCGAGCUCCAGAGCAAACACUUGUCCUUUGUGGAAAAGACCUCAAAGUUGGAAGAAUCACUCAAACAGGAGCAUGGUACUGUCCUUCAACUGCAACAAGAAGCAUCACGCCUUAAGAAACAACACGAAGAUGCGGAAUCGGCUAGAGAAGAGGCCGAAAAGGAACUUGAGAAAUGGAGACAAAAAGCCAAUGAGGCCCUUCGUCUAAGGCUCCAGGCUGAAGAAGAAUCCCACAAAAAGAAUCUUGCACAAGAAGAAGCAGAGAAACAAAAGGAUGAUGCAGAGCGUGAGGCUAAAAAAAGAGCAAAGGCUGAAGAAUCAGCCCUUAAGCAGAGAGACAUGGCUGAGAAAGAGCUCGAAAGGCAGAGGAAGAUGGCCGAGAGCACAGCACAGCAGAAGCUCGUUGCAGAACAGGAGCUGAUUCGUCUCAAGGCAGACUUUGACAAUGCAGAACAACAACGAUCCUUGCUAGAAGACGAGCUCUACCGUCUGAAGAAUGAAGUCAUCGCAGCUCAACAACAGAGGAAACAGCUUGAAGACGAACUAGCCAAAGUUAGAAGUGAAAUGGAUGUCCUCCUACAGCUGAAGUCAAAGGCAGAAAAGGAGACCAUGUCAAACACAGAGAAAAGCAAACAGCUUCUUGAGGCAGAGGCUGCCAAGAUGAGGGACCUGGCUGAAGAGGCAGGCAAGCUAAGAACCAUUGCUGAAGAGGCUAAGCAUCAAAGACAAGUUGCUGAGGAUGAAGCAGCUCGUCAGAGAGCAGAGGCUGAGAGGAUUCUCAAAGAGAAGCUUGCAGCCAUCAGCGAGGCCACCCGUUUGAAAACUGAGGCAGAAAUUGCUUUGAAAGAAAAAGAAGCAGAAAAUGAGAGACUGCGUAGGCACGCUGAAGACGAAGCUUACCAGAGGAAAGCUUUAGAAGACCAAGCCAAUCAGCACAAGCGAGCAAUUGAAGAGAAGAUAAUUCAACUGAAAAUGUCGUCUGAAGCUGAAAUGGAUAGACAAAAGGCUAUAGUGGACGACACACUCAAACAGAGGCGAGUUGUCGAAGAAGAGAUCAGAAUCCUCAAGUUCAACUUUGAGAAAGCAUCAUCGGGAAAGCUCGAUCUGGAACUCGAGCUAAAUAAGCUGAAAAAUAUUGCAGAGGAAACACAACAAAGCAGGAUCCAAGCAGAGGAGGAAGCUGAAAACCUCAGAAGGCUUGCUCUUGAGGAGGAGCGAAAGAGGAGGGAAGCAGAGGACAAAGUUAAGAUGAUCACUGCCGCAGAGGAAGAGGCAGCUCGACAGUGCAAGGCAGCUCAGGAUGAACUUCAGCGACUAAAAAAGAAGGCAGAAGAAGCCAGGAAGCAAAAAGAAUUGGCUGAUAAAGAAGCUGAAAAACAAGUUGUAGCAGCUCAACAAGCUGCCCUGAAAUGCAGUGCAGCGGAACAGCAAGCACAGAGUGUUCUCGCCCAACAGAAAGAGGAUAGUAUCAUGCAGAAGAAGCUCAAAGACGAAUAUGAGAAAGCCAGAAUGCUUGCCAAAGAAGCCGAGGCUGCAAAGGAGAAGGCAGAGCAGGAAGCAGCACUGCUCCGUCAACAAGCGGAGGAAGCAGAGCGACAAAAAAUGGCUGCUGAAUUAGAAGCCACAAACCAAGCCAAAGCCCAGGAAGAUGCUGAGAGGUUGAGGAAGGAAGCCGAAUUUGAAGCUGCUAAACUUGCCCAAGCUGAAGCUGCAGCAUUGAAGCAGAAGCAACAAGCGGAUGCGGAAAUGGCAAAGCACAAAAAACUGGCGGAGCAAACACUAAAGCAGAAAUUUGUCGUAGAACAAGAGCUCACAAAAGUUAAACUUCAGCUUAAUGAGACCGAUAAUCAAAAGUCUCUCCUCGAUGCAGAGCUGCAUCGCUUAAAGGAUGAGGUUGACGAUGCUGUCAAACAAAAAUCCCAGGUUGAAGAUGAACUGUUGAAAGUAAAAGUUCAGAUGGAAGAGCUGCUGAAGCUUAAAAUGAAAAUUGAGGAGGAGAAUCAGCGCCUCAUCAAGAAAGACAAAGACAACACUCAGAAAUUCCUUGCAGAGGAAGCAGAAAACAUGAAAAAUAUUGCUGAGAACGCUGCAAGACUUACUGUAGAAGCACAAGAGGCAGCUCGCUUGAGGCAGCUUGCUGAAGAAGACCUGAAUCAGCAACGGGCUCUUGCGGAUAAAAUGCUCAAAGAGAAGAUGCAGGCCAUUCAGGAAGCAUCAAAAUUUAGAGCAGAGGCAGAGAUGCUUCAGAGGCAGAAGGACUUGGCUCAAGAGCAAGCACAAAAGCUCCUAGAGGACAAACAGCUUAUGCAGCAACUUCUUGAAGAGGAAACUGAGGAAUAUCAGAAAUCCCUCGAAGCCGAAAGAAAAAGGCAAUUGGAGAUCGUAGCAGAGGCAGAAAAACUUAGGCUCCAAGUUUCUCAGCUCAGUGAAGCCCAGGCUAAAGCGGAAGAAGAAGCGAAAAAAUUCAAGCAACAAGCUGAUACAAUAGCGUCCCGUCUUCAUCAAACUGAAAUUGCCACUAAAGAAAAAAUGACUGUUGUUGAAAAACUGGAAUCUGAGAGACAAAAUGACAGCAAAGAAGCCGGCGACUUACGCAAAGCUAUCGCAGAGCUUGAGAAAGAGAAGGCUAGACUGAAAAGAGAUGCUGAAGAACUUCAAAAUAAAUCUAAAGAGAUGGCUGAUGCGCAGCAGAAACAAAUUGAACAUGAGAAGACAAUGCUCCAGCAAACAUUCCUUACAGAAAAAGAAAUGUUGUUGAAAAAGGAGAAGCUCAUUGAAGAUGAGAAAAAGAGACUGGAGAGCCAAUUUGAAGAGGAAGUCAAAAAGGCACAAGCUCUGAAAGAUGAACAGGAGCGCCAAAGACUACAGAUGGAAGAAGAGAAGAAGAAAUUGCAAGCUACUAUGGAUGCGGCUCUUAAUAAACAAAAAGAAGCUGAAAAGGAGAUGAUAAACAAGCAAAAAGAAAUGCAGGAACUUGAAAAGAAGAGACUGGAUCAGGAAAGAAUCCUAGCAGAAGAGAACCAGAAACUGCGUGAGAAACUCCAGCAGAUGGAGACAGUCCAGACUGUCAAGGUUACUACGGUUGACAAUGUUUUCAAUGGGCAAAAUGCCAGUGACGCAGUAGACAGUGUGGGGAAGAAACCAGAUCCAUUAUCUUUUGAUGGUAUUCGUGAAAAAGUCCCAGCUAGCAGACUUUUCGAGUUAGGUCUUUUACCAAAGAAAGAUUUUGAUAAGCUCAAAAAUGGUAAAACUACAGUUCAAGAUCUUGGUGAGAAAGAACACCUCAAAACCAUUCUCAAAGGAAAGAACAGCAUUGCUGGUAUUUUGACACCAUCGAAUAAAAAGGUGUCAAUCUACCAAGCAUCUCAAGAGAAACAAAUUACUCCAGGCACAGCCAUGAUUCUUCUUGAAGCUCAGGCAGCAACUGGUUACAUGCUGGAUCCCAUUAAUAAGAAAAAGCUUCCUGUUAAUGAUGCUGUCAAGGAAGGCUUGAUUGGCCCAGAGCUACAUAAUAAAAUGCUUUUAGCCGAAAGAGCUGUUAUUGGAUACAAAGAUCCAUAUACAGGAGACAAAAUAUCCGUCUUUGAAUCAAUGAAGAAGGGUCUGAUAGAACAUGAUCAUGCUAUCAGAGUCCUUGAGGCUCAGAUCGCGACAGGGGGCAUCAUUGAUCCUGUCAAUAGUCACCGUGUGCCCAAAGAAGUGGCCUAUAAACAGGGACUAUAUGAUCCAGAAAUGCACAAGACUUUAGAAAAACCAGCAGAUGAUGCAAAAGGUUACUUUGAUCCUAGCACCCAAGAGCCACUGACAUAUUCUGAGCUAAUGAUGAGAUGUAAACCUGACCCUGAAACUGGCUUGCUUCUUUUGCCAAUCACAGAUAAAGCUGCACAAUGCUCAAGUAUAUACACAGAGGAAGAGACCAAGGAUGUGUUCAGUAAAACAACUGUGUCUGUUCCAUUUGGAAAAUUCAAGGGAAAGACUGUCACCAUUUGGGAAAUAAUAAAUUCGGAAUACUUCACUGAAGAUCAAAAGAAAGAUCUUCUCCGUCAGUACAAGACAGGCAAGAUCACAAUUGAGAAAAUUAUUAAGAUUGUAAUCACUGUGGCAGAAGAAAAAGAAAAGAAGAAUGAAAUUAACUUCAGUGGUCUUCGAGCACCGGUUCCUGCUUCUGAACUCCUUGAAUCCAAAAUUAUCGAUAAGGACCUGUACAACAAAUUGCAAAAGGGUAAUAAGACUGUCAAAGAGGUAUCUGAAAUGGCCCCUGUCAACAAAGCUCUUAAAGGCACAAAUUGCAUUGCAGGCAUAGUUACUGAGUCAUCAAAGGAGCCCAUGUCCUUUUAUAAGGCAAUGAAGAAGGACAUAUUGAGACCUGGGCUUGCCUUAAAUAUGCUUGAAGCCCAAGCAGGAACAGGCUAUGUGGUUGAUCCUGUUGAAAAUCAGAAGUACACUGUUGAUGAAGCUGUCAAAGCAGGGGUUGUUGGUCCUGAACUGCACGAAAAACUCUUGAGCGCAGAGAGAGCCGUUACCGGUUACAGAGAUCCAUAUACUGGAAAGACGGUCUCUCUGUUUCAAGCAAUGAAAAAAGAUCUGAUUCCUAAAGAGCAAGGAAUCAGACUGCUAGAUGCCCAAAUGACCACGGGUGGCAUCAUUGAUCCCGUCAAUAGCCAUCGUGUUCCCCAUGAUGUCGCUUGCAAGCGAAAUUAUUUUGAUGAUGAAAUGAAACACGUUCUAAGUCAACCAACUGAUGAAGUCAAAUGUUUCUAUGACCCCAACAAGAAAGAAAAUGCCACAUACGCACAGCUGUUCCAGAGAUGUUUAACUGACGAAAAAACCGGUCUGCAGCUUUUCUUUCUCACCAAUGAAGCCAUCAAUGCAAAGGAAGAGCCAACACUUAGUGAGGCCCAGACAAAAGAGGCUAUGACUCAGGAAACUAUUGAACUGGAUUACGGGCCACUCAAGGGCAGGAAAAUGACCCUUUGGGAUCUUAUAAACUCUGACUAUUUGACUGAGGCACAAAGACUUGACCUGCUCAAACAAUUUAGGUCUGGAAAGAUAACAAUUGAAAAGAUACUUAAAAUUAUCAUCACAAUUAUAGAAGAAGAGGAGGCAAAGAAACAGGAACAGCUGAACUUCAAGGGUCUCAGAUCACCCAUACCAGCAGGUCGUCUUCAUGAGUCCAAAAUAAUUGACAAAACAACACUAAAUCUUCUUCAACACGGCAAGACAACACCUAAAAAAGUUAGUGAGAAUCCCCAUGUGAACAAAUAUCUCCAGGGCUCAGAUUGUGUUGCUGGCAUUUUCCUAGAGCCAAAACAAGAGACAUUAAGCAUUUAUCAGGCUAUGAAGAAAAACCUGAUCAGACAGAACACGGGUCUUUCACUUCUGGAGGCUCAGGCCGCUACCGGGUUCAUUGUAGAUCCUGUGAAAAAACAAUUUUUGACAGUAGAUGAAGCCGUAAAAUCUGGUCUUGUAGGCCCUGAGCUCCAUGAAAAAUUGCUCUCUGCAGAAAAGGCUGUCACGGGAUAUAAAGAUCCAUUUACAGGCAACAAAAUAGGACUCUUUGAAGCUAUGCAAAAGGAUCUGAUUUUGAAAGACCAAGCACUGCCAUUCCUAGAGGCACAAAUGGUCACUGGAGGAAUAAUUGACCCUGUAAACAGUUUCCGUGUCCCAAUGGAUGUUGCAUUUGACAAGAACAUUUUCAGUCAGGAAAUGGCUAACAGACUCUCUCAGCCAUCUGAUGAUAACAAGGUUUUCAUAGACCCAGAAACUGAUGAAAAUGUAACAUAUAGACAGCUUAAAGACAAGUGCAAAAGAGAUCCAGAUACAGGCAUGUGUGUCCUCCCAUUAUCAAAGCCUCAGUCUCCUACAGUUGUGGAGAAGACGUAUCUCAUCACUGAGGAGCAAACACAGAGUGACCUGGCCAAUACCCAAAUUGACGUUCCGAUUGAGGGUGUUGCUGAGCAAUCCACAAACCUCUGGGAUAUCAUGAACUCAAAUUUGAUUCCAGAACAGCAGAGACAAAAGCUUAUCGAUGAAUAUCGUUCUGGAAACAUCACCAAAGAGCGAAUGAUCAUAAUUAUUAUUGAAAUCAUGGAGCAGAGAGAGAUCAUCCGAAAUGAGAGUCCUCCUCUAUGUAAGACAAUGAGGAGACAAGUUACCAUUGAGGAGCUGCACAAUGCCCGUAUCAUUGACUUGGAAACGUACAACCUUCUUAAACAGGGCAAACGAAAUAUCCGCGACAUAAUGGAGAUGACUAGUGUAAAACAGUAUUUAUAUGGCACUGGCUGUGUUGCCGGAGUCCAGACUGACUCGAGCUCAAAGAUCAGUAUAUACCAAGCAAUGAACAGGGGAUUUCUUAAACCAGAAAUUGCCCUUUGCCUCUUGGAAGCACAGGCAGCGACAGGAUUCAUUGUUGAUCCGGUAAAAAAUGAGACGCUUACUGUUGAUGAAGCCGUUCGUAAGGGUGUUGUAGGCCCCGAGAUCCAUGAUAAACUACUUUCUGCUGAGAGAGCAGUUACGGGAUACAAAGACCCAUACAGCGGAAAAGUCAUAUCUCUUUUCCAGGCGAUGAAAAAAGAUCUCGUUAAAGAGGAUUAUGCUCUGAAAAUGUUAGAAGCACAAUCUGCCACAGGAGGAAUUAUCGAUCCUGUAUUCCAGUUCCACCUACCCACAGACAUUGCGAUGCAGAGGGGUUAUAUCAACAAGGAAACCAACGAGAAAUUGACAGAUGACGUUAAAGGUUUCAUUGACCCUGUUACUGAUGAGAACUUGUCAUAUGCACAGCUACUUAAGAGAUGCACGCUAGAGGGCGGGUUGCGUCUCCUCUCUCUGGGAGACAAGAGACUGACGUUCAAGGGCCUUAGAAAACAAAUCACAAUGGAAGAACUUGUCCGUUCACAAAUUAUUGACCAGAAAACGGUCACUGAACUAAAUGAAGGUCUUAUUUCAGUGGAGGAGGUCAGUAAUAGGUUAUCCAAGUACCUUGAGGGCACAAGCUGCAUUGCAGGUGUAUUCAUAGAGAACACAAGAGAACGUCUAUCAAUUUACCAAGCCAUGAAGAAAAACAUGAUCAGGCCAGGCACAGCCUUCGAACUUCUUGAGGCCCAGGCAGCCACAGGGUAUGUUAUUGACCCAAUCAAAAACCUUAAGCUGACUGUUAAUGAAGCAGUGAAAAUGGGAAUUGUUGGACCUGAAUUCAAAGACAAACUUCUUUCUGCGGAGCGUGCAGUGACGGGAUAUAGAGAUCCAUAUUCAGGCAAGACAAUAUCACUCUUCCAGGCCAUGAAAAAGGGACUCAUCUUAAAAGAUCAUGGCAUCCGUCUCUUAGAGGCUCAGAUAGCCACUGGUGGAAUAAUUGACCCAGAGGAAAGUCACAGAUUGCCAGUUGAGAUGGCCUAUGAACGUGGUUUCUUUGAUGAGGAAAUGAAUGAAAUACUGACAGACCCAUCUGAUGACACUAAAGGGUUCUUUGAUCCCAACACUGAAGAGAACCUAACAUACCUGCAACUCAUGGAGAGAUGCAUUACUGAUCCUGACACUGGCCUGGUUCUCCUUCUCCUUAAACAAAAGAAGCGAGAGAGAAAGACUUCCUCAAAAUCCUCAGUUCGUAAACGAAGAGUUGUUAUUGUUGACCCAGAUACAGGCAAGGAAAUGACAGUGUAUGAGGCCUACAGGAGGGGACUCAUUGACAACCAGACCUACUUGGAGCUUGCUCAACAAGAGUGUGAAUGGGAAGAAAUCACAAUGACAUCCUCAGAUGGUACAGUUAAAUCCGUCAUUAUUGACAGGAAGUCAGGAAGACAAUAUGAUGUUGAUGACGCUCUUGCACGUGGCCUCAUUGACCAAAAUUCUCUUGAAACAUAUCGAUCUGGAAACCUGUCCAUCACAGAGUUUGCUGACAUGCUUACCGGAAACAUGGCAGGCUUCCGUUCUCGCUCAUCUUCAUUUGGUUCCACAUUUGGUUCUGAUUUCUCCUCUCCCAUGAGCCCAAUUCCUUCCAUAAAACCACCUGCAGUCAUAUGGAAUGAUCCAACAGAGGAGACUGGCCCUAUAGCCGGAAUCCUGGACAUAGACACGUUGGAGAAGGUAUCCAUCACUGAGGCUAUUCGCAGAAACUUGGUAGACAAUAUCACUGGCCAAAGACUGUUGGAGGCCCAAGCCUGUACUGGGGGAAUAAUCGACCCUUCCAGUGGAGAGAGAUUUUCAGUCACAGACGCUGCAGAAAAGGGUCUUGUUGACAAAGUUAUGGUAGAUCGUCUUAAUCUGGCUCAAAAAGCAUUCAAUGGAUUUGAAGACCCCAGAACUAAAGAGAGGAUGUCUGCCUCCCAAGCUCUGAAGAAGGGCUGGUUGUAUUAUGAAGCUGGGCAGCGAUUCCUUGAAAUACAAUAUCUGACAGGUGGACUUGUUGAGCCUGAUGUCGAGGGAAGAGUCUCACUGGAUGAAUCGAUCAAGAAGGGUACAAUCGAUGCCCGCACAGCCCAGAAACUUAGAGAUGUCAAUUCCUACUCAAGAUACCUCACAUGUCCAAAAACUAAACUCAAAAUAUCUUUCAGAGAUGCUAUGGACAGAAGCAUGGUAGAGGAAGGAACUAGUCUGAGGCUUCUGGAGGCCUCUUCACAGUCUAGCAAAGGCCUCUAUAGUCCCUACAAUGUCAGUGGCUCUGGAUCUGCUUAUGGUUCACGGUCGGGUUCAAGGACAGGUUCCCGAUCAGGAUCCAGGAGAGGCAGUAUUGAUGCAGGCUUCGCCGUCAACUACUCUUCUUCUUCUUUCACAUCUUCCUCAACUGGCUAUAGCCGCAAGUUUUGAUUGGCCAUAUCUGCCUUCAACAGCUUUAUUAAUUGACAUACUCAACAAAUAAAUCAACAGUACGAUUAUAUUGUUCAUUUCUUUCUGUGGGGGAAUAAAAAAAUUAUUAGCAGAGUAAUUUAUUUAUUUUGCCCGCCAAAUCAAGCCCUACCUUGACUAUUCAUGUUGUUUCAAGGAACCAUGUCUCAAGUCUAUUGAAAGAAUUGAAAAUAAAGAAAACAAAGAAUUUCUGCAAAUAUAGGAAUUAUAUAUUUUUGAAAGUAUAAAUUAAAAAAACUCAACAUUCAGUAUAUCCAGCAUGUUUCUGCUUUUUCAAAAGGGCUUUAUAGCUCUUAUUUUAUGGCUAACAUUUUGAAACAUAUUUGUGUUUUCUGAACUAAUGCUAUUUUUUUGUCAAACUAAAAUAUUUUUCCAGUAUUCCUUGUUUUAUUUGAAAUUCAAUACAUUGUUUAUUUUGUAUCUUUUUUGACACUACUAAACAAAAUGCAUAGUUACGACGUUUUGACAAAAUCCAAAUAUGUAUCUAAUACAUACACAGAUUCAAAUGCUUGUAUAGUCGAAAGAGAUUUUGUGUUUUGUUGAUUCUAAUAUUGGAUUGUGUAUUUUCAGUAUCCAAGACACACUAAAAUGUAAACACCAGAAUACAACAGUGAGAUUUACUGUCUGAAUGAAAGUUAUGAAAAAUGAAAAAAUACAGUACUUUCAUAUGA